GGGACUUGGAACUACGAACACUUCGAUCCGUUGUAGGAAUGUCCAAGUCCACGACGAGUACACGAUGUCUUCCUACGUCAAUCUAUUCCAAGUGCUCGGUGGCCUCACAGGACAUUACUACAUCCGCGAGGCGAUUCAUCAGACAGCUAUUCGCUUGACUUGACGAUCGCCUGUGGAUGUGGAGAGCAUACGCCGGACUGUAACGUGAGGUGCUUACCAAAGAGCACAAUGGCCCACCUUCUUGUGAGAGGAGUCAGUGGAUGCAUUCCUUUGUAUCUGUAUUGCUUGGCCUGGGGUAACAAUUUGUUGGCCACAACACCACAAAGCACGGAAAGCUUUAAAUACUGCAACUUGCGUCUCUUUCCUCCUGUUCAACAUCCAUCGCAUUUUACCUUCCCGCAUCUACCAUCUAACUUGUGUACUCCUCGCGCCAUACACACUUCAUCUCAACUAUACUAGAUAAUUAAAUAUGUACCAGGACCAGGAGCCGAUUCAAACGGGUCAAGUGCCAGUCCAAGGCCCACCUCAACAUCCUUACCCCCUAAUGAUGCCCCAGCCUCCACUUGUGCCCUCGCGGUUCAGGCCUUACCCCCCGGAGGUCUACGUAUAUUGUUAUCAAC